AACUUCACUUUCGUAUGGGUGUGUCGCGUCCGAACCAUCCUUGGGUAGUACUCGAGUCGAGUUAUCAUCGGCAGAGCUCUCUCUGUCUUACUGAAACUCCCGCAAGACUUGUAGCACCGAUCAAAUCUAGAUCCCUGUUUUCAAAGCUUGAAGUCGGGGGUUUUUGGUGCCAGGACAACAAUCAUAACAAUCAUAACAAAACAUCGUUUACCCCUCUCGCGGACCCGAUGUUUUGAAACGCUAGGCUGGUCACUUUGGUGCCAAGGCUACCCCGGUCGAGGCAGGAUUCAGCCAGCAGCAGUUCAUCUUGUUUUUACUUCUCGUGAUUUUGCAUUUUGAGUUUCCAUGAGCAUGGCUUUGUCUUCUUGAUUCAACGCGUUCCUGAGUGUUCCUGGACUUUAUUCUUCUAGCUCGUCACAAUUCAAACCAAUCAAAUGUCCUUCGCACAAACUUCCCCGCUAGUCGAAUAGGACAAACUGUAAACACUCCAAUUCAGCUAUGAACUUUCUUAGUACUAUUUGUACUACUCUUGCUCCGAGUUCAUCCCUUCCAGAAGUCCAAGCUCUCAUCUAUUCGUGUGCUGUUUGGCCCUGUCUUCCGGACACCUCUGUUACUCUCUGCCAUAAUUAUCAUUCUCAGACUUUCAGCUGAAUAUAGCAAUUGAUUGGAUGAGGCGCUCUCAACCAUCUGCAAUUUACUUGUCUCUCUCCUGGGCCUCCAGGAUUUGGAGAAUAUUAAUGCAGCAAGUCGUUCGCCUCGUCACGUGAGAGACACAAAAAACAGGUACCAUGGGAGCUCGGGACUGAGUACAAUAUUAUACCUACAGUUAUUGAGCAGUCGAUAGUUAAGCUACCGUCUGGGGACUGUUAAUAUUUUUCUAGGUAAUUGUUGGCAAUUAAUCUUGAUUUGACUGUUUUAGGACAGUGUACACAGAGCAGCACUGUCCUCUAAGGUAGGUACCAAGGUAAUUUUGGUCUCAAUUGUCCUUUGGAGAGAUAAUAUAUCACAGAUCCGGACUCGAGUGGAAUGAAACGACGCUUUCUGUAUAUGUACCAUUUAAUUUAGGGACCAAAACCCUUCAUCUCUUGCACUUCUGACAUCACAUCACGUGUCGUACCUGGACUCCUUUCCGUGAUGGGUUUAGAGACGGUGUUCACUAGUACGAACCAUCAUCCACACAAAGGCAGACGGCUACUUUCUUAAUAAUAAAUACUUCACGAUGAUUCCCAACUUCUAAUAGAGGACGUCAAUUUCCGUAUUUCUAUCACUGUCAAUAUCUUCCAGACACCGACAAUACUCAAAACCAGCUUCUUGCUCGAUUCCGAAACUAGCCAUUAUGCCAUCCUUACAGCUGGCUUCAAUGAAAAAGAAGUCGACAUUAUCGACAACUCAAGAUGAACCAACGUUCCACAGAUUCCCUGAACUUCCCAAAGAAUUGCGUCUUCAGAUCUGGGGCCUCACUUUACCUGGACCCAGAAUAGUUCGUCUCACAUCCGCUCAUUUAAAGCCAGUCUACUGCUUGCGUGUUCGUUCAGAUGCCGAUAUCAAUACAACGGCAUUCUUGGACAUCCUGCCUGUGGAUGAGAAAACCGUGUGGUACUCGCAGGAGCUGUUCACAGGAAUCCGCAGCAAUUACCCUCCUCCAGACAUCUUGGCCGUUAACAAAGAAUCCUUCGAAGUUGUGUCACCGCGCUACGAACGAGUAUUCGGCACAGUGUAUGGGAUUCCACAGACGUGGUUCGACUUUGAUCGGGAUUUUCUUUACGUCGAUUGGCACAGCGACCUCGAAUUUGUCCAAUCAGAGCUUCGCCGUGUACAGAACUUCGUGAUCGAUUUUGGUAGAUAUUAUGAUAUCGGGCUCGUCCCUGGUAUUCCUGGCGGGCAAUCAUGUUGGGAGGAGAGCUUGGCCCUCUUCCUGCGGGACUUCCUUGGUGCUCGAAACGUCAUUUUGAACAAUGGAGAUGUUCAGGACGACUAUGACGAGCUUACCAAAUUCGAAUUCGGUGACGCAGCGGCGCUGGAACCAUUGUUCUCGCGCCGUCAUCAAUGGAUUGAAUCUCUUGCUGGACAGAUGCGCUCACAAGGGAUUACCAGAGGCGCGGAUAUCCUCGAAAACUAUCUGCAUAAUCGUCAGGUGUCAUUGGACAUGAAGAAGUUUGAGAAAUUCUUCAGGCGCUUCAAACUACCCGGUACUUUUGUACUUUCGACAAUCAAUAUUUCCUGGAAACGGGUUGCGACGCCUGAGCAACACGAGUUAUAUCGGCUAGUUCACAGGCUCUGGGCGGACGAGUUGGCCAAGAGAUCAAGUGGCAGUCGCCAAAUUAAGUGUGUGCAUAGAUGUAGAGCUCGCUACAAAAGCAAGUUUGUACAUUAAUUCGGCAUGCUGCUAGCAUCGCUUCAUGGAUGCUUUGGAGGAUCUAAUUUUACGCUGAUGACUUUUGGCCAUAGCACUCCAAAACGCCGUUGGUCUAAAGAAUAGAUAUCUUAUGUUCAAAAAAUUCAUUUCACGUGCUCUUCAAGAAUGCAAAAUCAGGGACAAAGAAGUU